AUGAAUCAAUAUGUUUAUUUUAAUGAUUUGAAGGAAAUGCAACACUACGCCAGAAAAAAUCAACUCUCAUUAUAUGCAUACAAGAAAUCUGUGUAUAAUUUGACGGAUUACGCUGAGAAUCAUCCUAGUAGUGAAGCUUACGUGUAACAUUAUCAAAAUCAGGAUGUUACGCAUACUCAAUUCAAUAAGAAAAUUCUCAAAACUCACAUAGAAAUCAUAUCAACUUUGCAAGAAUAUAUAAUUGGAUACAUUCAGAGACAUGACAAAUAAAUUAUAACAUACAAAUCCUCUAAAUCCAUUAUCGAAUAAACCAAAAAAAGAUUAAGAGAAAGCACUGUACCAUUUUAUGAAGACAUCCCAGAAGAUUGUUCAAUUACUAGAUUACCCAUACUAACUACCAAUAAAAGAUUUCACUCUCAAAAGACCAUUAGAAUGCCUAAAUGA